AUGGGAAAGGACUACUACGCCAUCCUCGGCAUACCUCGCUCGGCCGACGAGGCGCAGAUCAAAAGUGCCUACAAAAAAGCUGCCCUCAAAUCUCACCCCGAUCGGAACGUCGGCCAGGAUCCUGAGACAGCAAACCGAAAAUUCAAAGAGGUUUCUGAAGCUUUCCAGGUUCUGAGUGAUAAGAAUCAAAGGGCAGUAUAUGAUCAAUUUGGAGAAGAGGGAUUGAAGGGCGGCCCACCCCCAGGGGCGGGAGGCGGCAUGGGCGGCUUCCCGGGGGGCUCGUAUCACCGUACUUCAGGAGGCCGGCCGGAGUUUACGCAGAUGGACGCGAAUGAGAUCUUCGAGAAGAUGUUCGGAGGGGGUGGUGCGGGUUUUUUUGGGGGAGGAGGGGGUACGCGACGAGGAGGAGAUCCGUUUGGGGAUGCGAUGAAUCUAGACGACAUGAUGGGAGGGAUGGGCGGGAUGGGCGGGAUGCCUGGCGGAUUCGCUUCAUCCUUCUCAUCCUCCGGUAGACAGCCUCCCCACGGCCGACACUCCCCAGAUGACGAAAAAACCCCCGACGACGUCGUCAAACCCCUCGAACUCGCCCUCGAAGACCUCUACAAGGGAACCGUCAAACGGCUGCGGAUCACCCGGAAACUCAGGGACGGCGGAAGCGCGGAGAAGAUCCUCGAAGUCAACGUCAAGCCUGGAUGGAAGGCCGGCACCAAGAUCCGAUUUCCAGGAAUGGGAAAUGAAGACAGGAAUGGAAAAUCAGGUGCAGUGGUAUUCGAAGUCACACAGAAACCACAUGCCCGGUUCACACGAGACGGCGACGAUUUGAUAUACAUGCAUUCGAUCCCGCUAGUGGAAGCCCUGACAGGCCCGUCGACGGGCCAAAGCGUCAACCUGAGUCUGAAACAUCUCGACGGCCGGACGGUCUCAUUCAAGCUACCCUCGAUCGCAGCCAGCGGAGGAAAGCCGAUCCAGCCCGGACAGGAAAUCGUCAUCCCCGGAGAAGGCAUGCCGAUCACUCGCAAAGGCGCCGCCAAAACUAAGGGCGACCUCAAAGUUCAGAUCAAAGUCUCCUUUCCUACCCACCUCAACGCCUCACAGAUCGAAGGCGCCCGCCGUCUCUUUGGCUCGGGAACUUGA